GCGGUCCGCAUGACCGCAGUUUUUCAGCGCACUUGUCCAGUUACUGGGAGAUACGGUAACGGAGCUACAGGCCGCCAAUAGAGCCAGGGACGUCGCAUACAAUCCCGAACCGGGCAGGGUUCCCCAGACCGGCCGGUCAACGCGCGGAGACGCGGGGAAGAAGCUACGAGCCACGCGUGGAACACCGUCAUGUUGAAGGGGAGACAACGGGACGAAGACUCCGCGGUGGAUGUGAAAGCGCCUUGUGAGGAUGAAGCGAAGACCCCGAGUGACACCGGAGGGGAAGAGGAGGAAGGCAAGCACGAGGAGGAGUUGGACCCUAGAAUCCAGGAGGAGCUGGAGCAGCUCAACCAGCCCAGCGGCCAGAUCAACAAGCUCGAGCUGCAGCUGGAUGAGGCCCGGUCCAGCUACAGGAGGAUCCUCAGCGACUCAGCCCGGAAUCUCAACUCUCAGGGCUCCCAGCUCGGCGUGUGCAUUGACAAAGCGAGGCCCUACUAUGAAGCCCACAGACUCGCCAAAGAGGCUCAACAGGAGACCCAGAAGGCAGCUCUGCGGUAUGAGAGGGCCGUGUCCAUGCACACUGCUGCCAGAGAGAUGGUGUAUGUGGCGGAGCAGGGCCUCUUAGGGGACAGGAACACCAUGGACCCAACCUGGCAGGAAAUGCUGAACCACGCCACCGCUAAGGUGAACGAGGCAGAGGAGGAGCGUUUCCACAGUGAGCAAGAGCACCAGCGCGUCACACAGCUCUGCCAGGAAGCUGAGGCUCGAGUCCAGACCCUCCAGAAAGCUCUAAAGAAGGUCAUCCUGAAAUCCAAGCCGUAUUUUGAACUCAAGGCUCAAUUCAAUCACAUUCUGGAGGAUCAUAAGGCUAGAGUAUUUCUGCUGGAGGAGCAAGUGGCGAAGGUAAAGACACGUUACUCUGUGGCCCUGCGGAACCUGGAGCUGAUCAGCGAGCAGAUCCACACACAGAGGGGGCGGAUGAGGGCCACCGGGCGGCGUCCGUCAGUCUGCGGGGGUCGGAGCUCCCCUGUAGGUGCUGAGGCUGAGGUCCGAGCCAGUGUUGAGAAUCACACCAGGAGUUGCAUCAGGAACAGCUGUGCAGGAGUCAGCGGAGUAGAGAACAACUGGGCGGACGGAGAGAAAACCAGGCUGUGGGUGGAGAGGCACAGAGAGAGUGGCUGGGGCCAGAGGGAGCAGCCGGUGGCAGAGCCUGCCGGCUCAGACUGCAUGUCUCUCAUCAGCCUGCAGGCCAUUGCCUCUGACCUGGAGGAGUGUGACUCGGUGGAACACUUGGGAGACAUGAACGAGGCUGGGAGUGUUCUGAGUGAGGAGUGGGAGUGUGGCAGGAAGCCUAAACCAGAGCCAGUCACCAGACAGCAGUUGACUGACGAGUCCCAGCAGGAGAAGGGAGGCGUUACUAAAGAAAAGCAGGAGAGCUUCAUCAAGCAGCACCACAGAAGUGUCAGUCUAUAAUAGGGCUGUGGGUGAGUGGGGAGCACGGUUGUCCUCCAAUCAGAGGGUUGUCGGUUCGAUCCCAGGCUCUGCUAACCCGCAUGUCGAUGUGUCCUUGGGCGAGACACU